CUUUCCCAGGACGUCCUCUCCAGCACUGAGGCUCGUCUGCGGACCUUCGAUGCCGUAACUGGCAGGAGCCCUGAGGACAUCUCUCCCCCCCAGGAUCCAUGGUGGGAGGAUGGCAUCUCUCAUUCACCACCUGGUGGUACUGCUGGUGCCAGGAAGAAUACUUGCCAUGAAUUCCAGCCCCAUGGAUCAACAGUAGGAGCAUCCUUCAGGAAUCCUGAGUAUUCAUUAGUCCCAUUGGCCCUGGGUAGCCCCUCCAAAACGGUGGCCGCAAGUGAAGGGUCCCUGUCCCCACAGGAGGGGCCAUGGCCUUCAUCUUACUCCCCCGACGGCUGGCCUGCAGCUCCCAGCACAGCUUCCGCCUCCUCGUACCUGCACCCAGAUACAUCAGUCAAGCUGCCGCCAAAGUUGAUGUGGAAUUUGAUUACGAUGGGCCCCUGAUGAAGACAGAGGUUCCUGGGCCUAGAUCUCAGGACCUAAUGAAACAGCUGAACAUGAUCCAGAAUGCAGAGGCUGUGCAUUUUUUCUGCAACUAUGAAGAGAGCCGAGGAAACUACCUGGUGGAUGUGGAUGGCAACCGCAUGUUGGAUCUUUAUUCCCAGAUCUCCUCUGUCCCCAUAGGUUACAACCAUCCCGCCCUGAUGAAACUUGUCCAACAGCCUCAGAACGCGAGCACAUUUAUCAACAGACCUGCCCUGGGAAUCCUGCCUCCAGAGAACUUUGUGGACAAGCUCCACAAGUCCUUGCUCUCGGUGUCUCCCAAAGGCAUGUCCCAGCUCAUCACCAUGGCUUGCGGCUCCUGCUCAAAUGAAAACGCUUUCAAGACCAUCUUCAUGUGGUACCGGAGCAAGGAGAGAGGGCAGAGGAGCUUCUCGGAAGAGGAGCUGGAGACCUGCAUGAUUAACCAGGGCCCGGGAUGCCCCGACUAUAGCAUCCUCUCCUUCAUGGGUGCUUUCCACGGGCGGACUAUGGGCUGCUUAGCGACCACGCACUCCAAAGCAAUUCACAAGAUUGACAUCCCCUCUUUCGACUGGCCCAUUGCGCCAUUUCCACGACUGAAAUACCCUCUGGAGGAGUUUGUGAAAGACAAUGAGCAAGAGGAGGCCCGCUGCCUGGAGGAGGUAGAGGAUCUGAUCGUGAAAUAUCGGAAAAAGAAGAGGACCGUGGCCGGGAUCAUCGUGGAGCCCAUCCAGUCUGAGGGUGGGGACAACCACGCCUCAGAUGACUUCUUUCGGAAGCUGAGAGACAUCGCCAGGAAGCAUGGCUGUGCCUUCCUGGUAGACGAGGUGCAGACCGGAGGAGGCUGCACGGGCAAGUUCUGGGCCCAUGAGCACUGGGGCUUGGAUGACCCUGCGGACGUGAUGACGUUCAGCAAGAAGAUGAUGACCGGAGGCUUCUUCCACAAGGAGGAGUUUCGGCCCAGCGCCCCUUACCGGAUAUUCAACACCUGGCUGGGGGACCCAUCCAAGAACCUGAUGCUGGCCGAGGUCAUCAAUGUCAUCAAGCAGGAGGAUCUGCUCAGCAAUGCAACCCACGCCGGGAAAACCCUGCUCACGGGGCUGCUGGACCUCCAGGCCCGGUACCCCCAGUUCAUCAGCAGAGUGAGAGGACGAGGCACCUUUUGCUCCUUUGACACCCCAGAUGAAUCUGUACGGAACAAACUCAUUUUCAUUGCCAGAAACAAAGGUGUGGUGUUGGGGGGCUGUGGUGACAGGUCCAUCCGUUUCCGUCCCAUGCUGGUCUUCAGGGAUCACCAUGCUCACCUGUUCCUCAACAUUUUCAGCGACAUCUUAGCAGACUUCCAGUAAGGAAGCCAUAUUUCCAGGACCCUCGGAGAAGACCCAGUCUCAGCAGUUGUCACAGGGACUAGUUUGCCUGGUUCGCAUUCUCACCCAUGUAUCUGAGAUGCAGCAAUGGAAGGUCCACAUGGGGGGCGGGGAGUGAGGGGCUGGGCCUGGGCAUCCCCCCGGCAGUACCAGCUGGCUUCAGUCUGAAAGCUCUGUGCAAGCCUUGGACACUAUCUUAGGAAGGGCCAUAUGGCCAGAUUCCUGCCCACCCUUGCCCAACUCAGCAGUCUCUUUGGAAGCCAGUCAGGGGUAUUAAGCCUGCUGUGAGGCUGGUCCAUCUCAAGUGUCCUGUCCUGGCUUCCCCUCGCCCUAUGCAAACAAACACGCCUCCUCUUUCCACCCAACCCAAGCUUUACACACCCCAUACCUGAUCCUGAGAGGGGCUGGAAGGCUUUUGAAGACACAGAGGGAGAGAGGAGACUGAGCUUAUAGUGAGGCGGGGGUGGGGGGGGGGUGUUUUGGCACCUUGCAGACAAGAGCCACCCUGCUGUGUGUGGAAUAAUGCCACUAAACUCUGAACUCAUUUGUUGGUGGGCCUCGUCUCUGGAAGGAUCUCUGAGGCAUCCCUGAUGCUUCUCACUCAACAUUCCCCACUCUUCAAAUGCUCUCCUUUUUUGUUGUCUGCCUGGAGGUGUGGGAAGGAAAAUGCAAGCCUCCAGGGGAUUCACUCCAAAGGAGCUGAAGGGUCAGAGGUACAAGCCUGUUGCCCCAGGAGCCUAAGCCCAGGCGUGGGGAUAGCAGAAUCCCUACACCUUGUCUCCAGGGCCCUUGCCCUUUGACCCCUCAUCCUGAGACCUCCUCCACCUUUCUCUUGUCCACCUUUCCCUGCCCCUGAGUGAGGCUGCCCCAGCGAGGAGCCUGGCUGGGCUAGCUGUCUUCUUAGGUGGACGCACUGAGCCAGAGGCCAUAAAAAAAGCAGCUUCUAGGUUCGAGGUGGCGCCCUUGUACCAGCCCUGGAAUCUGGUUUUUCCCAGGGUGCCUGAGGGUGACGCUUGCCAGGCAGGCAGUGCUUACAUAGGCUGCAGGCUCCUUGGCAGCGGAGGACCUCAGAUGCUCUCAAGGAGCCCCUGAUCGUCCAGCAGCGACAGUAUUCACUGGGUAGCCUGUGUGCGGCUGGCUUCGCCUCUUGGUGCCUCAGUUACUAUUUGAGGAGACAGGCAUGUCAGAGUUCCUGAUUUAGAACUUUGUUCUUCUAAUAAUGAAUCAUCCAAAGAUCUUCCUCCCACUCUUCCUCAGCCGUGGUCACCAACUUAUUUGUGUAGAGUGGCAAAAGGCGCUGACAUGCUUAGUAGACAUGGCCAGGCAUCCUUGCAGUUGGCAGCUCACCAGCCGCUUGUAAAGAGUUUUGUCAUGUUUGAGGAUCUAAUGGAUGGUGUCUGCCUUCUGCCCUCUCUGCAAAGUUUCCCUCCGUUGUAUGGUUACUUCCACGUCAAUCAUUUAUCCAGUCUUCAAACUUCAUGAAAUCCCUGUGCCAUCCCAGGUCCUGUGCUUACGUCAGGAACACAAACAUGAGGUAAAAUAUAGUCUCUGUGCUGAAGGCAUGCCCGUCCCAUUGGAAACUGCGCAUUCUUGUACCAGUACUUAAAAACCAGACUGGCCAGUGUCCUAACAGCGAUGGAGAGUAUGGGCCAGGCCAAGGAGCACUCAAAGAGAAAGCGAGGUUGGGGUGAGGGUUGCAGAAGGACUGUGAGCAACACUGUCAAAGGCAGCAGCAUGCACAAAAAUGCACUGGCUCAUGGUCCCCCACCCUACCUGCCGUGUACCAAAGUUCAAGGCCUUAUUUAACAAAUAAGGUCAAUGCAGAGCAGACAGAUCCAGUGCUGGCUUAAGCUGCUUUCUCGGAAGAACUUCAGCAUGUGCUCGGCAAGGCCCUUGGAGGCCACAGGGUAUUAAGCCUGGUCUCGAGGGGACCUUUGCUCUCUUCAGUGCAGGGCGUGUGUCUGAUAUCAGUUCUCUCCCCACCAGGAGUGAAAUCACGUUAUCUGGAAAGUCAUUUGCAGAUUGAAUGUUCACUCCUUACCAGAGGAAGUUAAUUCUCAUUUUUAAAAACAAUGUUAAGGGCUGGAGAGAUGGCUUAGUGGUUAAGGGGCUUGCCUGCAAAGCCUAUGGGCUCAUGUUCAACUCUCCAAAUCCCACGUAAACCAGAUGUACAAGGUGA